AUGCCUGCUUUGAUGCCUGCUUUGAUGCCUGCUUUGAUGCCUGCUUUAAUGCCUGCUUUGAUGCCUGCUUUGAUGCCUGCUUUGAUGCCUGCUUUGAUGCCUGCUUUGAUGCCUGCUUUGAUACCUACUAAUACCUACUUUAAUACUUGCUUUAAUACCUGCUUGAAUACCUACUUGAAUGCCUACUUGAUUGCCUACUUGAAUGCCUACUUGAAUGCCUACUUGAAUGCCUACUUGAAUGCCUACUUGAAUGCCUACUUGAAUGCCUGCUUUAAUAUAUCCUUUAAUGCCUGCUUUGAUGCCUGCUUUGAUACCUACUAA